AUGAGAGCUAUAGCAUGCACUCUGUUCGUCUUGGGCCUGCUGUGGGACAGUGUGAGAGCUGAAGACACCAUCAGCAGCCUUCGAGUGGCAGCAGCAGCGUGGGAGGGGGAGCUGACGUGCGGAGGGUGGGACUGCGAGUGCACGUUCAAGCGCCAGCGAGGCUGCUGCUGUGCCACCCUUGAGCUCCAAAAAGUAGAGGAUCAAAUCUACACGAGAGUGAUGGACCUGUCGACAAGGAUUUCCCAGUUGGGUGACAGCCUCCUGGAAGUCAUAGGAGGGAUGAGGGUUGCAUUCACAGCCUCCAUGAGCUCCAGAACAAAGUGCUUUGGACCUUUCACCGGAAACAUCCCCAUUCCUUAUGAUGUCAUCACCCUCAACCAUGGGAGGGGAUAUAACCCCGCUCUGGGUAUAUUCACAGUUCCUCGCCCCGGCCUGUACUCCUUCUCCUUCUCGGUCUACAGCAGGGUGGGCGGGGAAGGCGAGAGGAUGUACUACAAGGUGCAUCUCAUGAGAAACGGGGAGGUGGUUGCAUCCACUUGGGAAGACAACAGAGAAGACACAGAGGACAGCAGCUCCCAGACAGUACUGCUGUCGCUGCAGCAGGGAGACCAGGUCUAUGUAGAGCUGCUGAGGGGCAGGCAGCUAUGUGGCAACGUUGAGGGCCUCAACACAUUCUCUGGCUUCUUGAUGCACCCAACUCUGGACUAAUAUUGAUUUAUUUGACUGUGGUUUAACAUGUCUGCCUGAUCCAAAGCUUACAUUUGUUUACUAGUUUGUUUCUUAACAGUAACGAUGAAAUGAUCUGAACUGGAAAUACAUAAGGCAUGAUAAUAUAUUAUAUGUACCGCACUGUGUGGGCUUUUUUUAAACUUCAAUACAAAUAUAAUCAAAUGCAUUUCUGAGACUUUGUUUAAAGACUAUUUUUGUUUAAUGAAUGGUGAAAAUGACACUCAAUAUCAGCUGGCGUGUAAGCAAUUAUUUACCUAUUUGUUACUCUGAUGACUCCAGAGUACUAUACAACACCAGAUUUUCAAUAAUAAAUAUAUACAGUACAUAAGCCUACAUUUUUAUAAAGCAAGCAUAUUUUCCCACUCCCAUGUUGAUAAGAAAAAUG